UAUAAAUAAGACUAUCGUCUGGCAUUGCGAGUCUCAGUUUCACUGAUUGAACGACAGACAAUGCAUUCAGCGUGGCUUCGUUGUUUCGCCUUUCUAUGUUUGGUAUUGAGUUGCUGUGAGGCGGCACCAUCGACUGAGAAGGAGGGGCAGGUGGUGCGCGUCUAUCCCAUCAGCGAGGAGCAGUAUGAGCGCUUGCUGCAGCUUACCGAUGGCAAAAAUCUGAUAUCCGAGGGGCGGCUGACUACCGCCGGAUUUACUUCGGUCCGCAACACGCUCGGCUCGGGCUGGAACUCGCUGCUGCGCAUCGUCGGCUUGACCUCGACCCGCACGGAGCAGCCAAAGAUCGAUAUCGAUGGGCAGCCUCUGUGUGUUAUGAGGCGCAAUAUAUACGAUGCUGAGUCGCUUGGCAUACAGGGCAGAUCGUCAAACGAUGAGGAGUCGGUCAUCAAUUGCAUUGUGGUGCUUAAGCGGGAUCCGGCAUUGCAGACCCUCAGCUCUAGCAAUCCUGACUUUGCGCCCUAUUGGUACACCGAACAAAGUGACGAGCAGCCGCUGCAGCAGCUGCAGCCGCUGCAGCAGGCAGCACAGCCAGUUGAGCUGGACUUUGCUCCAGAGGCUGAGCAGCAGCUGGAACGGAUCAGGACAACGACAACCACAAGUGCGCCAAAGGUAACUAAGAAGAAGCGUAACAAAUCCAAAUCCAUACCCAAAUCCAAAUCCAAGAGCAAGAACAAGAAACGGGCACGCCCAGCUCUGGGCUCUGUAUUUGCUGUGCCUGCUUCACUGCCAACGGCACCAUAUGGCAGCGCCUAUGGCGGUGCCUAUCCCUUCCCUAGCUACGGCCAGUACAAUCCCUAUGCAGCCUACAGCCAACAGCUGCCCUUUAGCCCCCAAUCAGCUUUUGGCCAGCAGCCCUAUCCAUAUUCGCCGCCGUAUUAUGGACAGAAUCCAUCAACAAAGCGAACAGAUUCAGUCUAA